UCCAACCAGUCAACCACCCACUCUCCUUUUCUCUCCCGGCUCUCUCUCUCUCCCCCUCCUCUCAAACUCCUCUGCCCCUCUCCUCCCUCCUCCCUCCCUGCGGUGGGCUCUGCCAACGGCGGCGGCGGCGGCGACGAUGGGCAAGGGCGACAACGACAGCUUCCUCCUCUCCUCCCCUCUCCUCCCUCCCAACGGCAGUGGAGCGCUCAGGCAGUGCAAGAGGACGGAGGAGGUGUGCCAUGACUUCCUCUUCUUCUCCCCUCUCCUCUUCCUUCCAACGGUGGUGGAGGGCUCAGGCAAUGGUGGAGAGCAGAGGAGGCGCGCAACGGCGGCGGCGUUUGCCGCCCGCGUGGAUCCGACAGCGGUCACCCUCCCCCUUCACGGCAGUGGCGGAUCCGGUGGUGGGGAGGCGCAGCGGUGGCGGAUCCGGUGAUAGGGAGGUGCGGUGGUGGUCCGGGGGGGGGGAGGCAUGAGUCACCCAGCCGCCUGCGAAAACCGGAUUUGAUCAUAUGGGAAAAUGCAUUUCGUAGCCGUGUAAAUUUAUAUAUAUACUUCUAAUACCAGUAUGUUUCCUUUAUUUUGCGUGAAUUCAUAUCUCGAGUUUGAACCAUCCCCAUCGAAGCAUGGAGAAUCGGAUACAACGAGACAGAGAAUUGACUUUGCAAUUUUGAUGUGAAUUGUAUCCAGCUGGGAAUUAAUGUACUCUAUCACAAUCAUUUUUUGUAAUCAUAUUCUGUUUUUCUACAAUACUUAUAACACUGUAGUCUGUAGAGGCAUGGUAGUGAAAAUUGUAAUAAAUCACUGUAGUCUUGUGAUGAAUUGUCUUCAAAAAUGAUGAGGCGUUUUAUAAUAAGCCUUCAUGUCUUGUAAUAUUUCUUUAGAUGCAUUUGUGAAAAGAAAGGAAAAAAAACCACAAUUCCUAUUUC